ACUGGUACAAAAGUAUGUUUUGUUAUGCACUCAGACAUAUGACGACGGGACCUUGUACUUCACCAAACUCACCUUGAUGCACAUGGGGACCUAUACGUGCUACGUAGAGGGAUACAAGUCGGUGCAGCAGACCUACACUGUGGAAGUCCAAGUUCCACCUUCGGUGCACACCUGUCCCAACUUCAGGCUACAGUCCCUGGGUAAGACGGCCAAGGUGCAGUGCUACGCCCAGGGUGUCCCUGAACCAGAUAAGUGCUGGAGCCAGAGAGGAGUGACGAUAACCGAAAGACCUGGACUUACAAUUGAAGAUGGUAACACCACCGUUCACGUUGAAAGCCUUGACUACCCAGAUACUGGCAAGUACCUGUGCAGAGCUAGCAACCCAGUGGGUACUGUGCAGGCUGUCUCGUCUGUCUUUAUUCAAGAAAAUACCAAAGCUCUUGACUUCGGGCCCGUACAUGUCUUCUACCUGUUCCACUCACACGGAAUCCGCAUCUUGGAGCCAGACUCCUGUGGGUUCCGACUCAACAUCCCACCCAAGCAUGUCCUCCCUAAGCCCCACGGCCUGCUGUGCCCACCGUCCCCAACCGGUGAGAUAGCCUGCUCCUGGGGCCAGGCAAUCAAUGUGCUGAACCAGUUCCUGUAUGUCACACAGCCCAACAACAACCGAAUAAUUGUUGUCGACAUACGUACACAGUUGAUUAUCGAGGUUAUUCAAACCGACCGAGUUCCUUUCUCUCUUCAUUACAUUCCCCACCUCGACACUGUGUGGGUCGUCUGCUGGCAAUCUACCGAUCCCAAUGGAGGCCAGCGAUCAGUACAAGUGAUCAAGUACGUCAGUCACCGGGAGAUGCAUACCCCGAUCCAUACUACCCCGAUUGGGCACCACUUUGACGUUGUGAAAGGGCUCUACAUUCCUCAGGUUCAGAUCCCCAAUCAGGGAAAUUACAAAUUUGGGUACGUUGUUCACAGUCAACAGAUGGCGAUCACCAAAAUUAACCUGGAGACAACCACUUUGUCCUCCACCAUCGUCUUGAGCCAGCACCAGUGUUAUCCCGACUCGGUGGCCUUUCUGUCCAUAGGCGGUUAUGUCAUCGUGAGUUGUGCAGACGGAGGUGAGUCUCAACCAUCCAGACAGCUGUUCCUUGACUACCUAACCGAUACCGUGCUUCAUACUAAUGAGGGUAUACAAGGAACACCCUACAUAUCUCCAGAUGGACGGUACAUUAUAAGUGCCGAUAACCAGCAUGGUUUGAUAUAUGUCCAGAAAGUAACCCUGUCAGGAAAGGUGAAAUCCUUGUUUGAGGUCAGUACCAAUCUGGGUGUUAGUGACGUCGGCUUUUUCCCUACCAAAGCAAGUACCCAUGCCUACGACAUCAUGGUCACAUCAAGUGACCGUCCCGAUGUCCUUUUUGUCGAUCUUCAAACCAGCAAGGUCAAGAUGAUCCCAGGUGUGUUUGAUCCAAUCAACCCAGAUAGUUGGCCCUGGAAUGAGCACAACAGGCACAUCGUCAGCAGUGGCGUAUUUGGGUCUCAUUUGGCCACGCCCAGCGCCGACCAUGUGGUGUUAAUUGAUGGCAAGAAGAAAUCUGUUCAUUGCAAUGUAGACGUUUCACAAAGUAAUGUGAUCGUGUGGGUCGGAGACUGUUACUAAUCACCAUCCAUUUAGUCAUAUUCAUGCAAAUACCUUAACCCGCGCCCCUAGUCACAAUAAAACAGCGUAAUAAAAGUAAUACAACUUUGUGUGCAGACUCUUUAUCCAGUCUGAUGUAAUAAAAGAUUUCAGUACUUAUCGCAUCGCUAAAAUAUUGUUUCCAUUGCAAUAUCAUUCCCACUCUUCAUCGUCUACUUCACAUAAUAUUUAUUUUCCUGUGCAGUAACUAAAAUUUCAGACCAUAAUCAUAAUUAAAAAUUAUCAUCAUCAAUAUACAGCGUUUUAAACCAGCUUUUUAAAACAAUAUUGUGUCAUUACCCACAGAGCUUUAUAAAUACUAUCAGAAACUAAUAUACUAUUUAGGCAUAUAACCAGAUUCUGGGUAUGUUUUGGUUGGGGUUUGAUUUUAACUUCUGUCUGUAAAGUUAACAGAAGUAAAUUCUACGUCAAAGCAGGAAGUCUUCAAAAUGUCAUUUGCAUGUGGUAAUGUCAAUAAAGGAAGCUAUUUCAGAUUCGUCGAUUUUCAGGUUAAGAAAUCAUGAAUGCAUUUUUCAUCUGCAUUAUUGUGAAUGUCCAACACCAGAGAUUCAAAAAGCUUAUUUGACUGAAUGAAAUGGUAUAAAGAUGUAUGACUUUGGGGAUAUUGCAGCUCAGGAUAUAAAGCAUCUGCUGAGUGUUUGUAUGUUGUGCAAAGUUGGUGAUUGGUGUCUUUUAAAGGUGUCUUGUAUACAUCUAAGAUUCUUGUAAUGUUAUGUUACCUUGUAGACUUGAUACAAUUAAAUAGUUCAGGAAAAGUGGCUAGUAGUAAAUUAUUCAUUGAAGCUGUAAAAUGUUAGCUUUGAUAUUGGAUGUUGUAGAUCAACAGGAGCAGCAAACAGUGCAGGCAGGUUAAAGAAUUGUAACUACUUUUCCAGUAUGCAUGAUUCUAUGCUAAUGUGGUACUUCAAGAUUGAGAAAUUGUGUCGAAUUUGAUGGUUUCACUCACUGUCUUUGCGCACCUACAAUACACCUACAUGUGGUGGCUAUAUGGUAUAUCGCCAAUCAUCAAUAUUUGUGACCAACAUUCACGACUCGCACUUCAGUCACAAAUGAAGUUGCAUUUUGCUAAAACUACCCACACAAAUAAAAACUUGAGAUCAACCCAAAAAUGUAGAACAUUGCAUGUGCUUGUGAAUACUUCAUUUCCGUCUAGCUUGUUGAAAAAAAAAUAGUGAUAAUGUUUGCGACCGCAGAUAGGAGUCGUGAAUUUUGGUCAUAAACAUUGACAACAACAUUCGCGAUUGGAAAGCAAAUCCUGAACUUGGUCACAGAUAUUGACAGCAGUAUUGACGAUUUGCGGGGUCCCUCCACGGCCGCCAUACAUGCAGUUGACUUUUAAAGUGGAUGCAUGACAAACAUUUAAAACUUUACGUGUGCCGCUUGUAUUAUAUCUUCGUUUAUUUUUUACCAAUAAUGUGCGUUAAGUCUCAACCUGAUAUUUUUAUAAUUUCCAAUUUAGAUUUUGGACUAUGUUAAGAAUAUCAUAUGUCAUUUGAUUUGUAUUUUAAGUCUAUUUUAAGGUAUUUUAUAUAUUUUGGUGCAUAAACAGAAGUGAGGAAUUUGUGACACCACCACAAUCACAUCGCAACAGCUAAGGCGAAAAGCAAAUAGAAUACAUUCUAACUCGAGUCAUUUUUCAGAGGAAGUUUUUUUUGCUUGUUAAUUUGCACUCAGUAACUUAAAGUUAUGAAAAAGCAUGAAGUUAUGAGGCUUUUAAGAGAAAGCACUCUAAAGCCUUAUUCUUUCACCCACUCUUUUAGAGAGAUAUGUUUCCCUGUUUUCUCACGGUAGUUAAAUGCAAUGAGUUGUAAGUGAUACUAAAUUUGUAUCGAUUUAUUUUCUUCAAGAGGAAUUCAAACAGCACAUUGCUUUCCAUGAAACAAAUAUGAUUGCAACAGAUGGUAAAUACCAUACCAUUUUAUGAAAUGAACAGGAAAAAUUAGCAUAGCUUUUCUGUUUAUGGUGGAUCAAACGUCGAAAAUAUGGGCCUGCGCGUAGGCCUUUAGCAGUGGUUUCAAAGAACACUUAUUAAGUAUUAUAUUAUGCAAGUGACAUGGUGUCCAACAUAUAUCCAUGACAAUGACAUGACAAUGCGAAUGUGUACGUAUUUACAAUGUGUGUACAUGUACAGUCACAAUGUACAUGUACGUAUAUGGGAUCUAAAAAGGUACACAUUCACGUGUAUGUACAUGUACACCCAAAUGUGCACAUUCGUACUGACACAUUUCCAGGCAAACUUCAAGGCAAGAUUUCAAAACUCCCUGUCAUUGCUGAUAAGUGAUAUCCUUUAGGAUUUUUGGACGUCUUUAUACGAAUCCAGACAGAAAUCAACUUUUAUUCCUUGAUAAUUCUUUUCCCGUCAAUACUCCAUUGUUUAUGGGCUUUUGGGUUUAUCUGUUUCAAGAAACAGGUGUCAAAAAUGUGUUAACCUGAUUCCUUUUAAACAUCGUUUUUACCUUGAAAGUGUCUGUAUUGUAAGUUGGCAUCUACUUUUAAUGUUGAACAUAUACACAGAGAAGGGUUUGGUGAGUGCACAGUGAUUGCAGUCUGAUUUCAUAGGUGUGUGAUUGUGUAAUUAGAAUUGCUAGUGUGUGACACAAAGUAAGAAGGCGUGCACCUGUUCCGUAUUUACCCAUGUACCACGCACUAUUUGCAAAUCGUGUAAUGUACUGCAAUGCACAGCUGCACAGUAGUUGAAAGAUAUAAUAAACGCUAUCGAGUCCAUUCGUCGUUAA